CACCAUGCCAACCACUGCAGCAGCUGAUGAGAGAGAGAGAGAGAGAGAGAGAGAGAAAGAAAUAAACAACAAUAAUAGUAAAUAGUCAGUUAAAGAGAGAAACAAAAAAUAGAAACCUAUAGAUACAGAUAUAGAUAGAUCUAAAAAGAGAGAAGAAGUUAAAAAGUGAAAAUGGUGAGAGCACCUUGUGUUGAUAAAAAUGGAAUAAAAAAAGGAGCAUGGAGUGAAGAAGAAGAUAAUCAAUUAAGAUCUUAUGUUCAACGUUAUGGCCAUUGGAAUUGGCGCGAACUUCCUAAAUAUGCUGGAUUAGCUAGAUGUGGAAAGAGUUGCAGAUUGAGAUGGAUGAAUUAUUUAAGACCGACUGUGAAACGUGGAAAUUUUAGUAAAGAAGAGGAAGAUCUCAUCGAUAAGUAUCACAAAGAAAUGGGAAAUAGAUGGUCAGCCAUAGCUGCAAAGUUACCGGGAAGAAGUGAUAACGAAAUAAAAAACCAUUGGCACACCCACCUGAAAAAACGCACACCCAAACACAUUCUAGAUGUCUGUAAAAAAGAACAAACUUCCUCGAUUGAUCAUAUUAUGCAAUUCAGCAGCCAACCUCCAAGCGUAAUUUCAACAUCUAGCACCAAUGUUAUUUCCAACGAGUCUAUAGCAUCUCGCAAAGUAUCCGAUGAGUCGAUAGCAUCACAAAGAUUUUCUGAAGAUUCAUCAUCGAAUUCCUCGGGUGUAGAAAGACGGUUUUUAAUAGACUUAAAUCAAGAAUAUGUAGAAGAGGAAUGAUAAUGACUACCAAGAAGAUGGAGUAACUGUUACAAAGGAGGUAAAGUUUUUUUUAUCCCCAUUGAGUGGAUUGAAAAUUACUGCACUGUUGUUUUGUUAAUGAACAACAAUUUCCUCAUGUUCCAUAUCAAUUUGUUAUUUCUUUCUUUCUUUAAAAUCUGUCACGGCAAUUCACAUGUGCAGCUCAAGAAAACCUGUAUUGAGUUACAAAAAGUUCGUAUCAUUAUAGACUGAUGAUUAAUAUGAUACAAUUUAACGCCCCUUUUACUACAA